UUUGAACGGUAGUAUAUAUAUAUAUAUAUAUAUUAUAUUUUAAGUGCAAAGUCCAUUGUUAUCGAAUAUCUAAAUCAACUGAAAUAAAUUCUUUAUAAUAAUAUUAAAUAUUUAAUACUUAUAUAUUUUUAUUUUUUACUUAAUAAUGUGACCGUUUUCGAAAAACACCAAGUCAUGGUUGCUCAGUAAUGUUGAUAAAAAUUGGCUUUGUUGUGAAAUGUGUAAAUAUUGAGGUUCUAUUCUUUUCAAUGGCUGUAAUGUCCUUUUACUAUGAGAUCAUGAAAGUUACUCAAGUCAGACCUGAACACGUUGCAAGAAUGUCUGGAAAAGAGCAAACAAAGGCGUCAUUGACACAGGGAGUGAUGGCAGUUAUCCGGCUGGUGGUAGCGGUGGUUGGGCGGCAGCACGGUGCCGUUCUUUGCCCGGCCGUGCAGCAGGAGUUCCUCCCGUGAUCUCUGCUGAGGGAUGAAGAGGGCGCGUCCACUAUCACUGAUUGCGACUGAUUAGUAAAGCUGUCAAAAAAAGUUGUUCCUCCCACGUCCGGGAGAUUUCAAAUCAUUUCUGAAAAGGAAAUGAAAUAUCGGAGAUUCUCCUUUAUAAACCUGCGGCUUCUGUCAUUAGUUCCAAUGAGUGCAUGUGGUUUCCAUCCGUCCUGACCGUCGACUGCUUUAUAGCCUACUUGUUUUUGGAUAGUUCUUCGGUAAAGUUAUUCAUAUCGAAAGGAUAGAAAUAUGGAGGAAAGUUUUCUUCAAAAUAUUUUGCGCUUCUACGGUGAAAGCGACUCGCUGUCCACAGGAAACCUGGAAAACUUUCUGCGCCUCAUUACCAGCCGCCGCGCCGCAUCUGUCGAUGAUGACGCCAGUCCGCUGCGGGACAGAGAGUGUCCUUCAUUGUCAGAGCUGUUGUCUGCCUUUGGAUUGGGCAAUGCUUCUGCAGUCAGUCUCAGUGAUCUGGAGAUGAUGUGUCCAGCUAUUCUCCAUCAGGUCGUGCUUCCUUCCUGCCCUCACACCCCCUCAAACGUUAAUGAAACCUCAGUGUUACCUGAUUACAAAGUUUGGGGUUAUGGUUUCCUGGCCGUGACCGUGAUAAACUUGGCCGCUCUGGUGGGGUUAUUUCUAGUGCCUUUGACUAAAAAAACAUAUUUUCCAAAAGUCUUGACGUACUUCAUUGGACUGGCUAUUGGGACGCUGUUUUCAAAUGCUGUACUGCAACUUAUCCCCGAGGCCCUUGGCUUAGAUCCCAAAGAUGAUGACUAUGUGCUAAACGUAGUUGGGAUUUUUGGUGGAUUUUACAUUUUGUUCUUCACUGAACGGGUUUUACAGAUAGUGCUGAAAGCAGAUGCAGAGAUGGGACACAGUCAUUUUCCUCCCUUGCAGUCAGCUGAUGUCAACAUCAACACCUUCAGCAAUGACGUUGUCAUAAACAACAUCUGCGGUGACAUCAUCACAAACAACACUAAUCAUGAUAUAAACUCUAUCAGUGAAAAGCCCAGCAACCCAAUUGAGAGUCCAACUGUUGAAAAGAAUGCAUGCAUGUUGACUUGUCACUGGCUGAAAGGGAAUGGAAUGUCAAAUAUAAAGACUAUGGCGUGGAUGAUCACUGUCAGUGAUGCCGUGCAUAACUUCAUUGACGGUCUGGCCAUCGGAGCGUCCUUCACACUGUCUCUACUCACCGGCUUCAGCACCUCUAUUGCCAUCUUCUGUGAAGAGUUCCCUCAUGAGCUGGGUGAUUUUGUGAUUCUCCUGAACUCGGGCAUGAAUGUUGGUCAGGCUGCGUGUUUUAAUAUGCUGUCGGCGAUGUGCUGUUAUCUCGGUCUUGCGUUGGGGAUCCUGCUGGGUAGCAGUUUUGCGCCAAAUGCUAUCUUUGCCAUUGCUGGUGGAAUGUUCCUCUACAUCUCCCUUGCAGACAUGUUCCCAGAGAUGAACAGUAUCAUGGUAACACAUGCCAAAGGUUAUCGAGGAAAGGUUAUAUUCUUCCUUAUCCAGAAUGCUGGGCUGCUUACCGGAUUCACUGUAAUUUUGUUUAUUACCCUGUUUGCUGGAGAUAUCAAUCUGGGCUAGAAAGAAAGAAGCGUCUGAAAACGAAGAGAAACAAGGAACAAUUGUUUUCAGUGCCAGAUACCAAAAACUUGAGACAGACACUGUUGGUUUUUCUACUGUUGUAUAUUAGACUUGUACUGUAUAUGCUGUUGGGAAAAACAUAACACAAUCAUAUGGUCCUGGAGAACAUGAUUUUUAUAAUAUUGUUUAAUGAGAUUUUUCUUAGAUGUUCUGAUAUGAGUGUUAGUGUCUGAUGUGAGCAGGCAACAAUACGGCGCUGUGUGAGGAGGAAUUCCUCAGUGGCAGUGGCAGCCUAGCACUGAGUCUCUGAGCAGCUUUGUCAUCCAAAUGUCAAUGCUGAAGCACCUUUUGAGUGAGACCGUAUCAUGUUCGCACAGUCUCUAACCAUAGGGAAUGAAAGCGAAGAUAAUUGAUGUGUGCUUUCGUGCAUCUUUUCUACAGGUGGUUUCAUUAGGGGAGGAAAAUGUGUGAAUUUAAAACAUCCAUUCCUUUCCACUGAGUUAGAACAAGGUCUGGAAUGCAAAAUGUGUUUUAACAAAGAACUAAAAAAAACAAAACUGCACAUACUUUUGUGAAAAAGUAUUUAUUUAAAUAUUCAUCUCUAGUUUUCGUUUCGUAUCUUUCUAGAUUGCUUUUUUUCACCGUCACAUUUCACUAGCUGUAUAUGGCAUUUUUUUACUGUAAAACUUUUUAAAUUAUAUGUAUUAUGAUGAAGUUUACAAAUAAAUUUAAAAUGAACUAAACUGUUUCUCUUAAAUUCUAAUAUUGGGUAGAAAAUGUUAGGAUAAAUUACAUUUACAUUUAUAUUAUUUAAUAUUGUCAUUACAUACAUCAUUUGGAUACACACUGUACAGUAUGAACAAAUACAUGUGCCGAAAUUCACUCAUGCAUUUUUUUUUCCAAUUUAUAGGAAUGUUUACUUCACCAAACACCCACUCAUUAUAUACCAGGAUACUUCAGUUUUGUUUUUCUCUACACGCUGAUCUCCUGAUGAGAGUCAUAUAACAGUUAAAAAUUUAUAACAUAAGGAAAAAAACAAAUGUAUGCAGAAGGGCAGAAGGACACCAGGAUAAUCAGGAAGUUUGUAGAUGUUCAGAAGUGAUCUAGCAGUAGGUAAAAAUAAUGCAUGUGGUGAUGCAAUUUAUGAAAGUGGUAUUUGUGAUGCUGUAGGAACUGAAAUCAAUAGGGAAACACAGAGGUAGUCUGAUUCAGCUGUUUUCUGUGUCAGCACACCUGUUUAAAAAAAGCGGUCCAGUCCAUGGAUUUGCUUUUGUAUUCUGUCUACUGUAUUUUGAAGUUUAUGUAACAUGCAUUGAAAUGUUUGGAUGCUGCAUCACAUCUUGCUGGAGUUGAAUCAUGAGUUUGAAGUAUUUAA